AUGUCAACAGCAACAUCAUCAACAACUACUACAAAACAAGAUCCAGCAUCAUUACAUAAUCCAUAUUUUUUUCAAAAACCAGGUCAAAAAGAUAUUUGGUCAUUAAUUAAUGAAACUGCAGCUCAAGCACAAGAAGAAAAUCCCACUACAAAGAUUAUAAAUUUAGGUCAAGGAUUUUUUUCAUAUAAUCCACCAGAAUUUGCUAUUUCAGCAGUUGAAGAUGCUUUAAAAAAACCUCAAUUCAAUCAAUAUGCUCAUGCAAGAGGUAAUCCAAAUUUAUUAAAAGAAAUUUCAAAACAUUAUAGUAAAAGUUAUGGUCGUGAAGUUCCCGUGGAAGAAAUUCAAAUUACAACAGGAGCAAAUGAAGGAAUGUUUGCAAUAUUUUUUGGAUAUUUAACUCCUGGUGAUGAAGUUAUUGUAUUUGAACCAUUUUUUGAUCAAUAUAUUCCAAAUAUAGAAAUGACUGGAGCAAAAAUUAAAUAUGUUGAAAUAAAAUACCCUGAAAAAUUAAAUAAUCAAAAUGUUAAUGGAAAUGAUUGGGAAAUUGAUUGGGAUACAUUAGAAAAAUCAAUAAAUGACAAAACUAAAAUGAUUGUUAUAAAUACUCCCCAUAAUCCAAUUGGUAAAAUUUUUACAAAAGAAGAAUUACAUAGAAUUGGGGAAAUUGUUAUAAAAAAUAAUUUGAUAUUAGUAAGUGAUGAAGUUUAUGAAAAUUUAUAUUAUACUAGUGAAUUUCCAAGACCUGCAACAUUAGAUUCAUUACCUGAAUUAAGAGAAAGAACAUUAACUGUAGGAUCAGCUGGUAAAUCAUUUGCUGCUACAGGUUGGAGAGUUGGUUAUAUUCAAGGUCCAGCUCCUUUAAUAAAAUAUGUUACUGCUGCUCAUACAAGAAUUUGUUUUUCAACUCCUGCACCAUUACAACAAGCUGUUUCACAAGCUUUUUCAAAAGUUGAAGAAUUAAAUUAUUUUGAAAAUGUUAGAAAUGAUUAUAAAAAAAAAUAUAAAAUUUUUACCGCUGUAUUUGAUGAAUUAAAUUUACCAUAUACGAUUAGUGAUGGAGGAUAUUUUUUAUUAGUUAAUUUAUCAAAAUUAAAAAUUCCAAAAGACUACGAGUAUCCUCAAUCUAUAUUAGAUAGAAAAACUUUAGAUUUUAAAUUAGCUUAUUGGUUAAUUAAAGAAAUUGGAGUUGUGGGAAUUCCACCAACUGAAUUUUUAAUUGAAGAAAAUAGAUUAGGUAAUGGAAUUGAAAAUUGUAUAAGAUUUGCUGUUUGUAAAGAUGAUGAAAUUUUAGAAGAAGCAGUAGAGAAAUUAAAAAAUUUAAAAAAUUAUUUAUAG